AUGCGGCCAGCGGGCACGGGGGCUGUGGCCACGGCGAGGCCGCCGGCAGGGGCUAGCGGGGAGGGAGAGGCCGCAGGAGGCGGCAGUGGCUGGGCCACGACGGGUCAGCGCCGGUGCGCAGGAGCAGAGGCAGGGGUGGACGGGCGGGGUCGCGGCGGUGUGGCACGACAGCGGGGAACGAGCACGGUCGCCAGAGGCAGCAGCAGUCGGCCGCGGGCACGCGAUGGAGGCAGCAGAGGAGGCUGCGGUGGUGCGGGCCACGGCAGGUGCGAGCGCUCCGGGGAGGAGCAGCACGGUGGGUGCGGCUCGGCGCGGCUGCGGGCGCAUGCGACGGCACACCGGGCGGGGCGAGGCCGCGGUGAGCACGGUCGGCGCGCGUACGGGGCGGUGGUCAAGGGCGUGCGCCCGUGCGGUGGUCGGAUCAACGACGGAGUGCAGGGGGAGCAGGAGGCCGGUGGCCUCACCAACGUUGAAGAGAAGCGGGGCGGCGAGGCGUGA